GGCUGCGUUUGGAAACUGGCUGCACCCCGAGGGAUUCAUUCCCUUCCCCUCCGCCCCUAUGGCAUCAUGGACACCUGGGGAAAGCAGGCGCCAAGGGCUACCUGCAGGGUGCACUUCUGCCAACUCGAAGGGUUCGAAAGCCAUGAUUCAGAGCCCAGAAAAUCAUGACAUUUUGUUUAAAACAAUAAGACAUUCUGGGAGCUUCUGAUUUGCCGUCUAGUUUUCUGUGCCUUUAGGAUUAGACCAGGGCUCAGAUUUUGGAAAACAAAAAUACACACACACCCCAAGCUAGAAAUGUAUUUUAACAAAGAGAGAGAGUUGGGAGCCUCACCUCAUCACAGGACUCCAGGAGCUGGGGCUUGAUGAAAAACACCCAGAAUUGUGAGACUAGCGAUAAAGGCCCAAGCACUGGUGGGUGUGUGAAGAACCCAGCACCGCGAGGCUUUAAGGAAGGGUGCGAGACGUACCAUCUCAGAGCGCCCCCUCACAGCAGACCAUGGCUUUGCAGCCAUCCUGCCUCAGUUUCCCCAGCCUGCUCCAGCUGCAGAUUGGAUUCGGCAGGGGCUGAUGUCUGGGACAAUCAGGGACCCCUCCUCUUCAGCACUUUUAAACCCAACGGCCUCAGCAAAGACGACAAUGUGGACGAGCCGGCCCAGCUGGACAGCGCCAGUGCUGGGCUCAGCAGGGCGCCAGUCGAGGCCCAGAAUGAGGAGCAGCCGCCUGGCUGUCAGAGGGACCAGGGCACCAACACCAGGGCCCCUCUCAGCUCGUGGCCGGCGGCCAGCGCCAAGCUGAGCUGGUCUCUGCUCGGGGACCCCGCGCAGGGAGCGGAGACGCGGGCGAGGCUGGGGCCCGGCCUCGACCCCCCCGAGGCCCCGUCGGCGCUGCAGGCCUGGACCCGGGCGUGGUUCGAGCAAACACAGGCGAGCCGGAUCCGCCAGCAGGGGGAGCUGCCGCCCUGGUUUCACGGCUUCAUCAGCAGGAGGGACACGGAGCAGCUGCUGCAGGAGAAGCCGCUGGGCUCUUUCCUGAUUCGCUUCAGUGAAAGCACGGUCGGAUUUGUCUUGUCGUACAGGGGCAGGGAUCGCUGCCGGCACUUCAUCCUUGACCAGCUGGAAGACGAAUGCUACGUGAUCCUAGGAGAGGACAGCGCCCACGCCGAGCUCCAGGGCCUGCUUCAGCACUACACCACCGCCCCCGUCACCCCCUACUACGAGUUCCUGACAGCACCAUGCCCCAGGAGCGACAAGAGCCGAGAGAGUGGUGGGAUCCCGGCUGGAGCCGAAGCAGGGUCCGGCGCCCCACCCGAGCCAGCAAAUGUCCCCCCAGCAGCAGGCGGCCAAGCAUACAGCCUGGUUCUCAGACAGCCCCAGGCGCCCGGCCAACAGACCCAUCCCUGCCCGCUGGCUGCAGAGCAAAGGAACCAGGGAUGCCCUUCCAAGGAGGCUCCCUGUUCCGUUCCCCUGCUCCCCGCCAAGGCUGGCCCCGCUCCGAGGCCGAGCAGCCCCGUGCCAGAGGCAGGGGCCUCUGCAGAGCCCUACGCCCACAUCAGCAAAGCGCCCGUCCCCGCCGAGCAGCCCACGCCGGCCCAGCCCGCAGAGGCCAAGUACCAGCAGCUGAUGCGCUUCCACACCUACGCCGAGCCCCGCGAGGGCUUCCCGCCCCGUGAACGCCACAUCUACUAUGAACCCGACGAGCCCAUCCCCUUCUAUGCCAUGGGGCGGGGCUCGCUGCCCAGCCCCGACCCCGAGAACGUCUACGCGGAGGUAGAGCUGGCGUGCCGGUCCCGGCCCCCGGCUCUCCCCAGAGUCCUGCAGGACACAGCCUCCACCCUGCCUCGGGGCUCAUCCAGACCUCCCGCCGAGCCAUCCCCAGGACACCGCAGGCUCCUCCGGAGCACGUCGGGGCAGGGCUCCCGGAGGAAGCGGCUGCCUGCAGCUCUCACCGUCGAGGGGGGCCGGGGGAGGCCGUCUGGGCCAUCCUCGGAGACCCCGCUGGAGUUUGACGACCCGGUUUACGGCAGGAAGGCAGCCAGCCUGACCAGACCGGUGGCCACCAGGGGACAGGAAGGUCUAGAAAACAUUUACGAGCUGAUUUCUGGAGACCAUCCUAGCCUGCACGCCUCGGGGAGCAGUAACGCCUAGAGCCCUCCCGCAUUCGAGGCAAGCCAGCAGGACACCCCCUGCCAAGGGUUCCAGGGCUUGAGAGCUGCCGGAGAAGACUCCUUCCCCAUCAGCUGCUCUCUAGGACGCAGAGUUGCUGCAGACAUAAGCCCUCAAGACACUGCUGCUCCGACCGCCUCUCUCACGUUCGUGCAGAGAGCAGCCUGCUCUGUGAAUUCAUUCAUGCUCUCUCCCACUUCCAAGGGGGGGAGAUUCAGGAAGCAGGCAAGAUCCUUCCGUGGAAAGGACAAUGAGAUCCAACGCCAAUAAAAAACCCAGCGAGGUCUUCGGCUCACAAAGCCUCUUCCUCACAGCUAUGACACCAGCUUUGUCGGUCUUCCCAUCCCUCCUGCUCUCAGUCAGAGGUUGCUUGGUACUCAAGACUCAUGUCUUUUUUGGACCCAGGAUGUCAUCUCCUUCCCUUCUCCCCUUGGAGGGGGUCUUUGCUUCUUGGGCAGUCGUAGAAGCUGCUUCAUGGGGUGGAACUACCAAGUCCAAAUGGGGUGACGAACACCCUCUGGCAUUGACAGAGAUGCUCACUGACUUGACGCCGCAGAGCUGUUCAGAUAAGAAGGAUCCUUAUUUUUAAAUAAGGGGAAUAAACAGAAGCAAAUGGGAUGAAAUCGACUUGCAUGCAGGGUGGGCAGCAUUUAAAUCCUGCUUAAAUGAGGGGUGGGCCUCAGGGUUUAAGUUCCGUUAAGUCCUAUGGACCCUCUGCCGCGUGAUCUGUAACCAUGAUGGGCUGUAUUUCGCUCUCCCUUCUCAGGGCAAGAAUUGAUCACCGCCAGGUGCUGUCUGUAAAUAAAAGCAAGGGGCCUUCACUGAGCCGUGAACUGGUGUCUUAGCAUCCUCAGAGAGAAGGAAGAGAAGGAAAAGUAUUUGAUCCGGAUGCUGCUCAGCCCAAGCACAGCUGUAAUUCCUCCUCUCCCCACCCCCACCGGGUCGGCAGGCAGGUUCAAAGGCAGCAUUUUCAGAGAGGAAGGAUGGUCUUUAGGCUCCGGCCCAGUAGCAGACAGGAACCCACGUGUCACCACUACUGCACGGAGAAGCUGCCAGUUAGGAGCAGCACGGGGAGGCGAGCAGAGGGUGGAGGUACUGGGGGAUGUGGGAACAGAGUGGCAGGGCUACGAAAUGGAUGGAUUGUGGACGCUGGCGGGCAGGAAACGCUGCAUGCCACAAGGAUGGUUUGCGAGAAGUCUCAGCACCUGGGGCUGAGGGUUGCACUA